AUGGCAUCCCAACUCCCCACGCUUUACGUGGACGAAAAGAAGGGCUCCGACACGGCUGCAAAGGGCACCCAGGACAGCCCCUUCGCAACCCCCGUCGCCGCCUACCUCUCCCUCAACCUCACCGCCGACAAGGAGCCCCUCAGCGUCUGCCAGAUCCUCACCGCCAAGGUGACCGAGGACAACAAGACCGAGUGGGUCGAGCUCUCUGGUGCCGGCAAGAAGAAGCUCGCCAAGGGCAUCGACGCGCAGCGCAAGAAGGCCGCCAAGGCUGCCGCGGACGGCGAGCGCCUCGCCAAGGAGGCCGCCGAGACCGAGGCCCGCCACAACGCACUCCGUGCCGAGGCUUCCAAGGUCAAGCUCGUGGAGGACUCCAGCAAGCCCACUGCCACCCUGGCUAGGGCCAAGGGCCUCCCCGACCACACUGACAAGCGUGUCCGUCUCCAGGGCUGGGUGCACCGCUUGCGCAAGCAGAAGACCAACUCUUUCGUUGUGCUCCGUGACGCCUCUGGACCCCUCGUGCAGCUUGUCCUCGCCGGCGACUGCAUCAAGACGGUCGACGCGCUGGACCUCACAAUUGAGUCGACCAUCGAGAUCACGGGUACCGUCCAGAAGGUCAAGGAGGGCCAGAACGCGCCGCAGGGCAUCGAGGUCGUUGUCGACUGGUGGAAGAUUAUCGGGCGCGCACCUGCUGGUGAUGACGCUUUCGAGGGCCGCAUCCAGGCCGAUGCCGACCCAUCCACCCGCGCCGACCUGCGUCACCUCGAGCUCCGUGGCGAGACCGCCACGGCUGUGAUGCGCUUCCGCGCCCGUCUCCUCCGCGCGUUCCGUGAGGCGUUGGACGAGAUCGAGUUCACCGAGGUGACGCCGCCUUGCAUGGUGCAGACCUCCGUCGAGGGUGGUUCGACCCUCUUCUCCUUCGACUACUACGGCGCUCCGGCGUACCUUACCCAGUCCUCGCAGCUCUACCUGGAGACUGUGCUCCCCUCGCUCGGCAACGUGUACUGCAUCCAGGAGUCGUUCCGCGCGGAGAAGUCGUUGACGCGCCGCCACUUGUCCGAAUACACCCACUUCGAGGCCGAGCUCGCGUUCAUCGACUUCAAGGACCUGCUCGACCACCUUGAGCACAUCAUCACGUCGGUCGUGGACAAGCUCCUUCAGGACCCGGUCGCGUCCGAGAUCCUCAAGCAGCUCAACCCCGGCUUCGUGCCUCCCCAGACGCCCUUCAUGCGCCUCGACUACCGCGACGCGAUCAAGUACCUCAACGAGCACGGGAUCAAGAAGGAGGACGGAACUGACCACGAGGUCGGAGACGACAUUGCUGAGGCGGCUGAGCGCAAGAUGACGGACCAGAUCAACCGGCCCAUCAUGCUCAUCAACUUCCCCAAGCACCUCAAGUCGUUCUACAUGAAGCAGAUUGCGGGCGACGAGGACUACACUGAGUCGGUCGAUGUGCUCAUGCCGAACGUCGGCGAGGUCGUCGGUGGCUCGAUGCGUAUCUCGGACUAUGACGAGCUCAUGGCUGGGUACAAGCGCGAGGGCAUCCCGCACGAGCCAUACUACUGGUUCACCGACCAGCGCAAGUACGGCACUUGCGAGCACGGCGGCUACGGACUCGGCGUCGAGCGCCUGCUCGCGUGGUUCCUCGACCGCUACACUGUCCGCGAGUGCUGCCUGUACCCGCGUUACAUGGGUCGCGCGAGGCCUUAG